CCGUCCCCUUCGGCCAUCACCGACCCGUGCCUGCUUCUCACCCGAAGGCGAAAGACGCGAUCUGUCGCACCCAUCCCAUGCUCGGCUUAUAUCCUCUAUUUCCCUUCCCUUCUUCCUCCAUCUCUGAAACGUACUGUGUAUAACCAUGCCGUUCACAGAAGUCACCCUGAACGACGGCCGCAAGAUCCCUGCUAUCGGCUUUGGCACCUGGAAAGUGCCCAACGACGUCACAGCGGGCGAGGUGGAUCAGGCUAUCGAUAUUGGGUUCGACCAUAUCGAUACUGCCCAGAUAUACGGCAACGAGACCGAAGUCGGCCAAGCCAUCAAAGAAAGCGGUCUCUCCCGCAAAGAUAUCUGGGUGACGACCAAAUGGUCUGGCGUAGACAACAAAUCUCCCCGUCAAUCCAUCCUUGAAUCCCUCGAAAAACUCGGGCUGGAAUACCUCGACCUUUACCUCAUCCAUCACCCGAGGUUGACGAAGGGGGAUAUCAGGGGAACGUGGAAGGAGUUUGAGGGGCUGAAGAAGGAGGGGUUUGUCAAGUCUAUCGGGGUUUCCAACUUUACAAAAGAAGACCUCCAGGAACUCCUCACCCACGCCACCAUAAAACCAGUCGUGAACCAAAUCCUCCUCCACCCCUACGUCAUCUCCACCCAAGGUCCCCUCCUCUCCUACCUCUCCCAACAAAACAUCAUCCCCGAAGGCUACUCUUCCCUUAUCCCUCUCACUUCCAAGCCUGGGGGGCCGGUGGACAAGCCUGUGGGGGAGAUUGCGGAGAGGUUGGGGAAGAAGCCGGAACAGGUGCUUUUGGCUUGGUCGAAAGCUAAGGGGCACGUCCUUCCCCUCCUCUUUAUCUUCCCGUCCCCCCUCUUGUUAGAUACCUGAGCUAACUGAAUAUGUAGUGCCGUAAUCGUGACAACCUCAUCAAAGAAGGAAAGGCUAGAAUCAUACCUCGACGUAGGCGACAUCACCCUCUCCCCCGACGACGUGCACGCCAUCGACAAGGCCGGUAUCAAGGGCCAGCUCUGGGAUGAGAGGAAGGAGAGAUUGGUGAAAGCUAGCAAGUGGGCUGUGCCGGUGUAUAUCGGAUUUUGGGUCUUGUUCAAGGCUUUCAGUGCUUGAGUCUGGGGGAGAGGCGCGGGAGAUAGUUUUGAAAUGAAAGUAAAGUAUAUGGAAAGAUGUGGGAAAUGGUGUCCUCUGUCGAUUCUCGUGAGGAGCUUUGAAUAGAAUAAGAACACAGAACAGGCUAUGUAUCUCGUUGUAACAGA